AACGACAAAAAGAAACCAAAAUGCCCACCCCUACCGCAUCCCCCCUCCUAACCGCCGCAAUGGCCCUCUGCAACACCCUCUCCCAAUCCCCGCCCCCUGCACUCCCCACAAUCCUGCAACACUUCACCGCAACCGCAACCGCGCACGAACACGGCCUCCCACAACUAACGCCAUUCCUCGGGCGUGAGCUCCCGAUACCGGAAUACUUCACCAUACUAGCCGAGAGCCUCUCGUUUCGAAAUAUGCGGUUUGAGGAGUACAUCGUGGACGAUGCCAGUAGUAAAGUCUUUGUCAGGGGCACUGGGAGGUUCAUCUGGACGGCGACAGGGCAGGCUUGGGAUGAGUGCUUUGUGUACUUGUUGGAUUUUGUCGAGGAUGCAGGUGGUGGGUGGAAGGUGGGGAGGUAUCAGGUUUGGGGGGAUAGCGGGGCUGGUGAGUCUUUUUUUUCUUCCGUGUCUGAGGAUUGGGCUGAUGGUGUCGUAUGAUAGCGUAUUUGGCUAGGGUUGGGGAGUUGAAGAGUGUGUUGGGUGGGGGGGAGGAGGGGUCGGUUUAGGGUUGGCUGUGGAAUAUAUCUCGCGGUGGUUCUGGUUAUUGUUCUGGAGACGUUGGUUCCGGUAUUUUGUGAUAUCUUUGAGGCGUAUUAGCCCAUUGAAUAACUCACCUGAUCUCUGCUUGCGCUCCCGUUGUGUGCCGGAACUGCACACAGCCUCUUCUCGUUGAUUGCACAACACGACUGAGGGAUCAGUCCAUACUACACCGUGAACAACCGAGUGACCGGGAAUGACCGUGUUGUGGUGA